AUGCUCCCGAAGCUGAAGAAGGGCGAUCCCUCAGUCUGCCUCAAGAACAGAACCCUCAACUUGCUGAGGUUCUCCAACAAGAGGGAGGUGAAUGUGCUGACCUCAGCGCAUAAUGACGACAUCGUCAACACAGGCCGCACAAACCCCGUCACCAGGGUGCCCAUCAGGAAGCACCAGGUAGUUGCGGAAUACAACAAAUAUAUGGGAGCGGUUGAUCGGAGCGAUCAGAUGGUCAGCUACAACGCUUUCAAGCGACGGACUCUGAAGAGGUGGAAGAAGGUGUUCUUCCAUAUGUUUUUUGCUGAGCGUCCUCAACGCUUUCAUCAUGCACAAAGCCACUUCAGCUAA